AUGCGUUCUUCGUAUGAGAAGCUGCUUGCGACUAUCGCUUUGCUGUCUGCCGUGACUGACGUGAGUGCGCAGACCAACUCAACGACAGUUGGCAGUGGACCUUCAGCAGCUGGACCUACCUGGGAGCAGACUGACUAUGACAGCAGUCCGCCAGUCUACCCAUCCCCCAAUGCCACCGGCCAGGGCUGGCAAGCUGCCUUCCAGCAAGCCUCGAACUUCGUCUCACAACUAACACUGGAGGAGAAAGCUCAGCUUGUCACAGGUGCACCUGGUCCCUGCGUUGGCAAUAUUGGUCCUAUCUACAGACUCGGCUUCGAUGGAUUGUGCCUGCAGGAUGGCCCACUGGCUAUUCGUGAAGCAACAUAUGCCUCCGUCUUUCCAGCAGGACUGACGGUCGCAGCCAGCUUCGACAGAGAUCUGGCUCGCACACGAGGCGUGGACAUGGCUCAGGAGUUCAAGGGUAAAGGCGCUCAUGUAGCCCUCGGACCAGUCGCUGGACCACUUGGCCGAUCAGGGUACGGAGGUCGUGGCUGGGAAGGUUUCUCCCCUGAUCCUUUCUUGACUGGUGAGCUCUUCGCCGAGACGAUCGAGGGUAUGCAGUCUGCUGGUAUCCAGGCAUGUGCGAAGCAUUAUAUCGGCAACGAGCAAGAGACGCAGCGGAAUCCCAGUGUCACCAAGGCUGGGGAGACCAUCGAGGCUGUGUCUAGUAAUGUCGACGAUCGCACCAUGCACGAACUUUACCUUUGGCCUUUCCAGAAUGCGGUCAAGAGUGGUGUGGCUUCUGUCAUGUGCAGCUAUAACAGGAUCAACGGGUCGUACGGCUGCCAGAACAGCAAGACAUUGAACGGUCUGCUCAAGGAUGAACUUGGGUUCCAAGGCUACGUUAUGUCCGAUUGGGAGGCAACACACUCUGGCUAUCCAGCUGCGGACGCCGGCCUCGACAUGGACAUGCCCGGCGGGAUUGGCUUCGUAACUCAGCUUCCUACGUACUUCGGCCCGAACAUCACGGCGGCAGUCAACAACGGCACUCUCGCCGAAGAUCGCCUGGACGACAUGUGUCGCCGCAUCAUGUCUCCCUACUUCCUUCUCCAGCAGAACAGCGCCUCCUACCCCAGAGUCGACGCCAGUUCAAGCGGCUUGAACUUCUUUCCCGAAGCCAACUACGCCUUUAACUACACCCUCGGCCCAGCGAAUGUCGACGUAAGAGACGAUCAUGCCCAAGCCAUUCGUGAGCUUGGUGCUGCUGGUACUGUCUUGCUUAAGAAUCUAAACAACACUUUGCCAUUGAAAACACCAAGCAAUAUUGGCAUUUUCGGGAACGAUGCUGGAGAGCCCACUGAUGGCUUGUACUUCGAUGGCGACGGCGAUCUCGGCAAUGUCGGGUUCGAAUUUGGUGUAUUACCUAGCGGUGGUGGAUCCGGAACUGGUCGCUUCACUUACGUCGUCUCACCUCUCGAGGCCAUCAAGAACAAGGUCAAUUCGUAUAAUCCUAAGGCAUUGGUGCAGUAUGUCCUCAACAACACACUGGUCAACCAGGCUAGCGGCUAUAGCAUCUUGGCUCCGGUGCCACCGGAGGUCUGUAUUGUCUUCCUCAAGACGUGGGCGACGGAGGGAUAUGAUCGGCCGAGCUUGCUUGUCGACUGGAACGGCACUGCCCUUGUCGAGACUGUUGCCAAGAGCUGCCCCAAUACAGUCGUCGUCACGCACUCCGGUGGUCUCAACGUCAUGCCAUUUGCAGAUAACCCGAACGUCACGGCUAUCCUCGCUGCUCACUAUCCAGGUGAGCAAGUUGGCAAUUCUCUUGUCGACUUGCUGUGGGGCGAUGUCAACCCGAGUGGCAAGCUGCCCUAUACCAUUGCUUAUAACGAGUCCGACUACAGCUUCGCACCGAUCGAGAACUCUACGGCGCUGUUGACUACCACGGAUCCCAACGCGUGGCAGUCAAACUUCGAGGAGCGUCUGCUCAUUGACUACCGCCACUUCGACUACUUCGAUGAGCCCGUCCAAUAUGAGUUCGGCUAUGGCCUGUCCUACACCACGUUCUCCAUGUCCAACCUCGCAGUCACUGCCACAGGCUCCGGUUACACUGCUCUACCAGCCAAGCAGGCUAUCGCCCCUGGUGGUAACCCAGCUCUCUGGGACGUCCUAUAUACCGCCACCGUGACAGUCUCCAACACUGGCUCUGUCGCAGGCGCAGCAGUCCCACAGCUCUAUCUCGGCCUACCUCAGCCAGUAAAUGAGGACUAUACGCCAGUCAAAGUUCUCCGUGGUUUCGAGAAGAUUACGCUGCAGCCUGGUGCUAGCCAGACCGUGACUUUCAGUCUCACCAGACGUGAUAUCAGCUACUGGGAUCGCUAUACUCAGCAAUGGACUAUCGGUACUAGUGCCAUUGGUGUCAUGGCCGGCUACUCUUCGCGUGAGAUCUGGUUGAACACUACCGUCACUCCGUUGUCUGGCUCGUCCGGAUCUGGUUCUGGCUACGGCUCUGGCUCUGCGUCAAUGGCUCCACCUGGAUAUAGCAACAAGACCAGCUCUGCUGGCAUGAGCAUGCCAGCCAGCAUGAGCUCUGGAAUGUCUACCGUGGUCAGCGGUAGCAUGAUACCAGCCAGUGCUACCGUGCCCGCCAGCUACAUGUCGGGUAGCAGCAGCAUGAUGGCUAGCAUGAGUGCCACAACUACCGUACCCGCCGCGUACAGCGCUACAACUGCCGCUAGCCCAAGUGGCCAUGGCCCUGGUGCGCCUGGCUGCAGUGAUGUUCCCGGUCCUUGGCAGCACGCUGGUAACAACAAUUGGGGUCACGGCGGGCCGCCGACUCAAUCAGGCUGGGCAUGA